CUCGCCCUGCGUGGACUCAGGGCCCGUGGACCCAGGGCCCAUGGACACACACACCAUUCCCUGCUCCUCUGCAUGCUGCCUCGCCUGCUCUGCUGGAAGAGACACUAUUUACGUACGCCUGGGCGCCCAAGCUGGGCUUCAGGAGCCCAAGGUCCCGGCUGGGACCAGCGCCAGGUGGCGGUCUAGGAGAACUGUGCAGCCCUCCGCAUCCCCGCAGGCCCAGGUGCCGCGGUGCGCAGGGACCCGCAACUCCUGAUCUACCGGACGACUAGUGCUAAAGAGCUGCAUUAUCUGGUCUCCUAGUCUACCACCCAGCAUAAAAAGAUUAGAAGAGAAGAGAGAGGCUACAGUAAAGAGGCUGUGGAUGUCACAAGCUAUGUGAUGGCUGAUGUUUGAGCAGCAAAGAGUGUUAUUGCUGUAGUUUUUGUUUAGGUCCAGAAAGCAGUUUUUCAAGGAGCUAGUCAAGCAUGGCAUUAACAGAUAAGAGACUUGAGAACUUGCAGAUCUACAAAGUUCUUCAGUGUGUUCGAAACAAAGACAAGAAGCAGAUCGAAAAGCUGACCAGACUUGGAUACCCUGAACUGAUCAACUUCACAGAGCCCAUCAAUGGGCAUAGUGCUCUGCACUUAGCCUCGGUUUCCAAUGAUGUUGACAUGGUCAGCUUUCUCCUUGACCUUGGUGCUCAUCCUGAUGUGCAAGACCGGAUGGGCUGCACCCCAACCAUGAGGGCUGCAGAACUGGGUCAUGAACUGUCAAUGGAAAUAUUAGCCAAGGCAAAGGCUGACAUGACUAUAAUCGAUAAUGAAGGAAAAGGUGUUUUGUUUUACUGCAUCCUCCCUACUAAGCGGCAUUAUCGCUGUGCUCUGAUUGCCCUUGAACAUGGUGCAGAUGUCAACAAUUCUACCUAUGAAGGAAAACCAAUAUUCCUCAGAGCCUGUGAAGAUGCACAUGAUGUUAAAGACGUGUGCCUGACCUUUUUGGAGAAAGGAGCCAAUCCAAAUGCUAUCAACACAUCCACAGGACGCACAGCUUUAAUGGAAGCAUCAAGAGAAGGGGUGUUGGAAGUAGUUCGAGGGAUAUUGGAACGAGGAGGUGACGUGAAUGCAUUUGACAAUGACAGACAUCACGCUGCUCAUUUUGCUGCCAAAGGAGGCUUUUUUGAUAUAUUGAAGCUGCUUUUUAGCUACAACGGAGACAUGGGACUGAUUGCCAUGAAUGGGAACACACCACUUCAUUACGCGGCCAUGGGCGGUUUUGCAGAUUGCUGUAAAUAUCUAGCUCAGCGAGGAUGUGACCUUAAAUGGAAGAAUUUAGAUCAUAAAACACCCAGGACUGUGGCAAAGGAAGGUGGCUUCAAAGCAGCAAGCAAGGAAAUACGUCGGGCAGAGCGAAUUGCUAAUAAACUGUCCAGACCAGGAGCGAAAAAUCCUAAUCCAAUAUGGGCCCUUCGCCUACAUGACUGGUCAGUAGAACAUGAGUCUUUCCUUCGAGAAGCCUUUUCGUUUGUGGACAAGGGUGAUGGGACUGUGUCUAGAGAGGACUUUGUGCUGACACUGGAAGAGAGGCAAGACUACGCAAACUCAGAACAACUGGCUUCCAUAGCUACAAUGCAUGAAAAAGUCCGAGGAGGAGGGGUCAACAUCAAUGAGUUCUUCAAAGGAAUCAGAUACUUACACAAAUCAUUUGUCUUGGGAUCUUUUGGGCCUAAGAAAAGGAAAAAAGGGAUAGGCAGAAAGGGGAAAAAAGGCAAAUUUGUUUUACCCUUUCCCAUCUGUGUCAUUCCUGAGACUGCAUUUCCACGCCGCCUGGAUGGUGGGCCACCGUAUUACAUGAUUGAAACCUAUGAGAAUGUAACAGAUAGCAGUCGGUUUAAUAGAGAUCGUCCACCAAAACAUCCCAUUCAGGAUGACUCUGCUUGGUACAUUGAUGAUCCAGGGAAAGUAUUUUCAAAUAUUAAUUUUAUCACCAAGGCAGGAGACCUGGCUUCUCUGAAAAAGGCUUUUGAAUCAGGAAUACCUGUGGAUAUGAAGGAUAAUUAUUACAAAACACCACUUAUGACAGCCUGUGCUUGUGGAAACAUAGACGUAGUCAAGUUUCUUCUUGAGAAAGGGGCUAAUGUUAAUGCAACAGAUAAUUUUCUAUGGACUCCACUCCAUUUUGCAUGUCACGCAGGUCAACAAGACAUUGUUGAGCUGCUAGUCAAAUCUGGAGCUUUAAUAGAUGCACUUUCUAUCAAUAACUCAACUCCUUUAAGUAGAGCCAUUGAAAGCUGUAGACUGGAUACUGUAAAAUACCUACUUGAUAUUGGUGCUAAAUUCCAGCUGGAAAAUAGAAAAGGGCAUAGUGCCAUGGAUGUUGCAAAAGCUUAUGCUGACUAUAGAAUAAUUGAUUUGAUUAAAGAAAAGCUAGAUAACAUGCCAAAACCAGCAGAAAAUCAAAAACUGAAGGGCAAGCCACCUCUUAAACAGAAGACGGAAGGCACUGAAAUUAAGAAAGAAGAGGAACCAUUUUCAUCCAUUUAUGCUGUACCAAUGGUAUCAGAGGAAAAGGCACAACAUAAAGAUAAUGUGGUUUAUCUCAAUUCAUUGAUCGCCAGUGGUUAUACCAAAAGAGUGGAUAUCACAUUUAUUCCACGACGGAUUUGGAGUCCUGAAGCCACAACAGCAGAGCUGAUCAAGAAGAGGGAAUUACGGCGAGAGAGGUUUACUUAUGAAGUGGACUUCGAGGAUUUCAUGAUGCCUUUUCAGAAGAACAUUACAGAGAAAGCUCGAACAUUGGAAGCUGCCUUGAAGAUCUAAAUCACAACACUGGCUUAUUGGGGUAAUUAUAUGCUCUGAGGCUCAGGGACCAAUUUUUGGAGAAAGUAAAUAUUUCCAUCAAAGCAAUUC